AUGAUAACGUACUUGAUAUUUCUGUCUUUAUCCAACUCGUCACCCGACUCGUCAUCCAUCUCAUCAUCCAAAUCGCCAUCCAACUCUUCACCCAACUCGUCAUCCAACUUGUCAUCGACUUCCUCACCCAACUUGUCAUCCUCUUCCUCGCCCAACUCGUCACCAAACUCGUCACCCAACUCGUCACCCAACUCGUCAUCCAGCUCGUCAUCCAACUCGUCAUCCAACUCAUCAUCCAACUCAUCAUCCAACUCAUCAUCCAACUCAUCAUCCAACUCUCCACCCAACUCGUCACCCAAUUCAUCAUCCAACUCGUCAACCAACUCGUCAUUCAAGUCAUCAUCCAAGUCAUCAUCCAACUUGUCACCCUACACGUCACCCAACUCGUCAUUGAAAUCGUCAUCCAAUUCAUUAUCCAACUCGACACCUAAAUCUUCACUUCGCCAACCAAAUUCGUCACCCAACUCAUUAUGCAAGUCGUCACCCAACUCGUCAUCCAACUCGACACCCAAUUGGUUAUCCAACUCGUCACCCAAAUCGUUAUCCAUCUCGCCAGCCAACUCGUCAUCCAACUAG